CGUUCGACUUGCUACGCUCCAUCUUAUCUUCUGCGCUUUGGUUUGGGCAAAGGCCUUUUGAGAAGACGAAUCAGCAUGUCGUAAAGCUUACAUGCUGAGCGAAUGAUUUGCUGACACACAAUUGAUUGAGCCUCUUUGUCUCUAUCCCCGACAAUGCUCGACUUCAUGGAUUACAUCCAACUUGCGUUCGCCGAGGCGACCAACUGGAACCGCGACAAUUCAUAUUCAUCACUGACAGCCACUGCGCAGUCCCUCCUUGACUUUUCCACUCCGGAACGUCUCCGCGUCCAUCUCUCCUCCCUGUCCACGCCGCACUUCGCGACGAGCUACACCCUCGGCACCGUUGGCCUGAUCGAUGGCUCGGUAUCCUACCUCUUCAGCACGGUGCCCCUAAACCACGCCGCCAGCCGCAGCUCCUUGAUCCCCCUCCGCAAGCUCUCCCCCGGGUACAGACAAGUACAGGCCCCCGUCGCCCCAAUCGAGAACUUCCGCGUCGACUCGAUCCUCGACGACCUCAACAACCUCCCAGGUAGCAACGACAGCGACAACGACAGCACCACCACCCUCAGAAACCAUGGCCGCUCCCAAAAGGCCACCCUAUUCCACGCCACCCUUCACCUCCCCCCACCGACCACCCUGAACGCCCUCUUCCUCCGCCGCAUCUCCCCCACCAUGCAGCUCUCCCUGGCCGUCUGCUCCACGCGGGGGCCCCCGUUGUCCAAAUCCGCCCCGCAGGCCUCCCUCCUCACACAACUCUCGCACAACACCGGCAAAUACAGCAACGAGUACCUCUUCAGCACGGACAACGCCCUGUUCGGCUGGCGCGGCCUCUGGAACUUCGGCCCGGAUCCCCGCACCACGUCCACCGGCACCACCACCGCAUCAACCCAGCCAUUGUCCCUUCUCUCCGCCGGUGCGGAAGCUUACUACUCCCCCGUCUCCUCGCUGAUCGGCAUGUCCACAGGGUUACGGUUCAGUACCCUCCCCGCUGCAACCGAUGUGCCUUCUUCUUCGCCCUCUUCGUCCAACAGCAGCGCGAGCAGCAACAGCAACAACCCCAUCUCCACCUUCCCGUACACGCUCACGCUAACCCUCACCCCACUCACCGGCUCCCUCUCGACGACCUACUCCCUGCGCGCUUCGCCCAACCUGGCCUUCAGCUCGCGCUUCGGCUUCAACGUCUACAGCUGGGAGAGCGAGAUGGUCGCCGGCAUGGAACUGUGGCGGAAGAGCCGGCGCGCGGCGCCCGCGGAUGGUCACGACGAUGACGAUGGGCUCGAAUGGGCGAGGCGGAAGAUGCGCGGCGAGAGACACCCCCCUUUGCCUUCUUCUCCUCCUCCUCCUCCCGUCCCCAAAAGGGAUCCCCUAGGACAACAACACCACACAGGCAAGAAGGCCACCGGAGAAGAAGACGCAAAUGAAUCGGUCCUCAAAAUCCGCGUGGAUCAGUCCUGGAAUGUUCGGUUGCUGUGGGAGGGCCGCGUCAAGGAGCUGUUGGUUAGUGCCGGUGUGGGGUUGGGGCCGAGCUCGUUUGCCUCGUCGCUCUCGUCGCUGUCGUCGAUGAGUGCGGCGGGAGCGCAGAGCUCCGGUGGUGGUAGUGCCGGGGUCGGGAAGUCUUAUUGGCAUGGGUUCGGGAUUUCAGUCUUGUACUCUUCUUGAGAGUUUUCGGCUAUUUGAGAGGCUGUGUAUAUACUAAAUUACUG